CUGUUUCACUGUCAAAACUUCAGAAUCAGCAAUUGAUAAUUCUUGUGAUAGUUGUUAAUGAGUGAUAUAUUUCAUCUUUUUACCCAAUGUGCUAUUGAGACACAUGCUCAUUUCCCCAAAAACUUGCAUAGUCUACAGUUGGUUUUAAAACGCGUAUGAAACUAUAGUUCUAUUGGUGUUAACACUGAACGUUUCGUGUGACAAGGGCGCGCAUUGCGCAACUCCAAGCAAAAAGCAACAGUGACAUCUGGAUGGUGUGGUAAUCGGUGGUGAUUGUAUGGAGAUUGUGUGAAAGUACACGUAAUUCUAAAAAAGUUAAAAGGAAAUCAACAAAUAAAAAUAACAUAACAUAAAAACUAUGAAGAAACGAGUUGGUUCAGACGGCAAUAGUUCGGGCGAUGAAAGUGGCGCUGAAUCUCAAAGUGCAAGCAACAGCAAUGCUGCCACCGCAAAAUCCGCGAAACCACGUAACUCUUCGUCCAUCUCAAAAGAUAAGGGACUGGACGAAUAUGCGGAGACGUUUGUGAUUGUAAAUGAACGGCCCGUAGACGAUAUUUCGCUUGAUUUCUUCUAUAAACCGCAUACAAUAACGCUAUUUGCAAUAUCUGUACUAUGCAUGAUGUUCUUCGCCUAUGUCAGAAAUGAAACAAAUAUCGAGGAUAACAUUUGGGCUGGUAUCUUGUGUGCGGUUUUCUUCUUUCUAAUCAUCUCAUUAUUGGCGUUCCCAAAUGGUCCAUUCACCCGUCCACAUCCGGCAGUAUGGCGUAUUAUAUUCGGCUGUUCGGUGCUGUACCUGCUAAUGCUGCAGUUUUUCAUGUUUCAAAAUUACAAGACGAUCAUGAAUAUAUUCUAUUGGCUCGAUCCGAAAUUGGAAGAUUUUCACAUCAACAUGGAGAAGGAAUAUGGCGCCAAUUGCUCAGAUCUCAGCUUUGAUCGCAUAUACAGCACAAUUGACGUAUUCGCUUGGGGUCACUUUCUCGGCUGGGCUUUUAAGGCUGUGCUCAUACGUCAUGCGGGCAUUUUAUGGGCCAUAUCCGUUAUGUGGGAAAUUACCGAAAUCACUUUUGCACAUUUGCUGCCGAAUUUCGUUGAAUGUUGGUGGGAUGCGCUCAUCUUGGACGUGCUCAUUUGCAAUGGCCUCGGUAUUUGGGUGGGUUUGAGAAUUUGCAAAGCGCUCGAAAUGCGCGAAUACAAAUGGGCGAGCAUUAAGGAUAUCUCAUCGACAACGGGUAAACUGAAGCGUGUUGUCUUGCAAUUCACACCGGAGAGUUUCACAUCCAUACGAUGGCUGGAUCCAAAGUCAACAGCGAUGCGUUUUGCGGCUGUAUGCCAACUGGUUAUAUUUUGGCAGGUGACUGAGCUGAAUACAUUCUUCCUGAAGCAUAUUUUCGAAAUGCCACCAGAUCAUUAUCUAGUCGUUGGACGUCUGGUAUUCAUUGGGCUCUUCGUAGCGCCGUCAGUGAGACAAUACUACACCUACGUCACAGAUACGCGUUGCAAACGUGUCGGCACACAAUGUUGGGUGUAUGGCGCUAUUAUGGCCUCAGAAGCAAUACUCUGUCUGAAGAAUGGCAAAGAACUGUUCGAGCGUACACAAGGCAUUAAUAUUGUCUUGUGGCUCAUUACACAAGUUAUCUUAUCCGUGGCCUUUGUUUACGGUUGCAUGUUGUGGCAUCGUGCUCAAGACAAAUACAACAAAUCAACAGAAUCGCCUAGCAAAAAGAGCCAUGCCAAUAAUUCGCCGAAGAAAGAAGAGAAAGGCAAGAAAUCACCAAAAAAAUCUCCCAAACGCAACGCACAGAAAAUUGAAUAAAAUUUAAGAGUCAAACAUAGAAAGAGACAAACUCUAAAAUAUAAAAAACACCAAAAACAAAAUAGUUUAUAAAAUUCGACUACGCUUCCCUGUAUGAGAAAAAAUGUAUGCGGUUAAUACAUUAGUAAAAAGAUAACAUGAACACAGUGUUGUUUAUAAAAAUAACACUAGUUUUGUAAAAAAAAAAAUGGCAACAGAAUUUACAAACUUAAUUUGUGCGUUAUUUUUUAUUAGAUAUUAUAUAAAAUGGGGAAGUAAUAAUAUAUAAUGCACGCAAAUGUAUGUAUGUACUGAUUAAAGUAAUUGUAAUUUACCGAAAAGCAAGAUGACAAACAGUUUGUUGCGAACAAAAUAGAUGCAUAUAUCAAUGAAUGCUAAAGAAUUGCAAAACUCUAAAUUUAAAAUUAAUUUAAAUGUAAGAAAUAUAUAUAUAAUGAAAUAUAUAUAUA